AUGAAACUUGGAACAAAUGGAAAAACACAAGGGAAAUAUCUAUUAACAUCAUGGAAAAGUGAUAAUGAUCCAACACUUGGAGAGUUUGUUCUUGGGCUUUCGGGAGAACAGCCACCACAAGCUUUCACAUGGCAUGGUUUAAAACCGUACUGGAGAAGUGGGCCAUGGGAUGGAGGAAAGUUUAUAGGGGUACCAGAGCAAGAGGCUGGGUACUCGAAUCUAAUGACUCUCAUGCCUGAGAACUCACAAGGAGGAGCUUACCUCACUAUUAACAUUUAUAGCUCAUCUGAUAUCAGAUGGCUUUAUUUGAGACAUGAUGGGUUUGUACCAAAAUCGAAUGAUGAAUGGAGUAAGAGUAAUUGGACAAGGGGUUGUGUGAGGGGAAAUGAGCUUUUGUGUGAGAAGAAUGAAAGUAGUUUGGCUUCUGGAAAAGGUAAACCUGAUAAGUUUCAGGUUGUAAGUGGGAUUAAGCUCCCAGAUUAUUAUCAAUACUUUCCUUACAUGGAUAUGGAUGAUUGUAAGAGCUUGUGUUUGGGUAACUGUUCUUGUAAGGCGUAUGCCUUCGUGGAAGGGAUAAACUGCAUGAUUUGGGAAAAAGAGCUUAUUGAUAUCGAGCAGUUUUCAUUUGGUGGGGAGAAUCUUUUCUUGCGCCUUGCCUAUGAGGAAUCAGGUAAAUUCAAAUUUUUUUUUGAACAGUGA